CAAGGCGACUUUAGGAUAGCUAUCUAUAGCCAUAAUCCAAUGUUGUAAGGACUAAAAUGAGGUUGAUAAUAAGACCGGAAUCGUCGGUUUGGACUUCGCAUAAUGUCACUUGCCUAAUCAAUCAGGGCCGUUAAAUAAAAGGGAGGUUAGUCGGGUGACCUUGUUUCGGUUAGCGAUUCGGCAUCCUUGCUAGGAUUUCUAUUGUGACAUGAUGGUAUAUAGCAUCAAGUUUACCAUAGAGGUCGGUGUUUACUUCGAGGUUUUCUUUGUAGGUCGGAAGUAAGGCGAAGUAUCCCAUAAUCCAACAUGAAGGUGUUCCCUACAUUCGUCUGUCUUCUCGCCGGAGCUGUAGCAUCCGCCGCGUUACCGACCGAGAGUUCCGCUGGAACCAAUGGGUUCGGUGCGUCCAAGAUAACAUGGACAGGCCAAGUCAAGCCAGGUGAGCCUGCUGUGUCUAUCACAGGCACCGCAGAGGAAAUUUACACGCAGAUUACAAGAAUCAAUCCGAAUUACGACAACGAGUUGGGCCUGAAUAGCCCUCACUCUAGAGUGAAGAGGCGGGAUCUUGAACCCAUUAAAAAACGGGCGACAACGUCAGAUGACUGGACAUGCGCUUACGGGAACGACGUCAACGCCGAGUCGAUCGGCGUCGGGGUUAGAUAUUUGUACAGCAUUGCCAACGGGGACUGCGCUGCACCUCCUGGAAGUCCUGGGGAUGGCGGAUGUAGUGUCAGCAGUUGUAAUUCCGGCGCCGGCAUCUUUCUAUGCAACGACUCUAGUAACGAAUUGCAUAACGCUUGCUCCAUCGUUGCCGAUAAUGCUGUUGAGGUCUUGAUCAACUGCCAACAGAGUACAUAUAACGGCGGUAAUAGCUGGACUACAAACACUCAUGGACAAAUAUUCUCGAAGGAUCAUAGUUGGAACGUCAUACUUAACAGAUGCUAGGUAUGAUUCAAAAUUCCAAGAUGUUUGAUAGCCACAGUACAUUCUACCAAAGUCCCUCAAUAGGCAGUAACUAUGCGAGUGCUUGAAGGGUCG